CACGUGGCGGCGGGACAGCAUGGCGGAGUGCCGCGCGGUGCCCAGCGACCUCUUCCCCUUCGUGCUCGCAUUCCUGCACGAGAACCAAUUCGAGGGCUCCGCGCGCGCCUUCGCUAAGGAGGCGGCGACGAAGGAGCAGGACCCUAAUGCAGCCUCCCUUCUGGACAUCUUCAGUUACUGGCUGAAGUCUCCAGCGGCCAAGAAAAGAAAGCUUGUUCCCAAUGGCUCCCAGGUGAAGAGGAAGCCCUCCUCCAGUAGCGACGACAGCUCUAGCGAGGAGGAGACACCCCCAGCCAAGAAACCAGCUAAAGCAGCAGCUGUACCUAAGGCAAAAGCAGUCCUUCCAGCCAAGAAAGCAGAGAGCAGCAGCGAGGACUCCAGUGAUGAUUCAGAUUCAGAGGAAGAAAAGCAGCAGCCAGCAAAGAAAGGCACAAAACCUGUGGUGAAGCCAGCUGGAACCAAAAUCCAGCCUCCGAAGAAAGCAGAGAGUUCCAGCUCGGACUCAAGCAGUUCAGAUGAAGAACCACCAAAGAAACAGCCACCAAAAACAGUGACACCUAAAUCAGGAAGUAAAGGUGCCCAAGCAGCCACCAAGGUGAUCAAUGGAAAAGCAGAGAGCAGUAGCAGCAGUAGUGAAGAUUCUGAUGACAAAAAGGCUGCACCAAAGAAGGCUGUUCCCAAGAAACCGGCAGCCACUCAGCCACAGCCAGGAAAACACAAACCUGCCAAGGAAAGCUCCAGUAGUGAUGACUCAUCUGACAGUUCAGAUGAUGAAAAGCCACCUGCAAAACAAAAGUCAAAAUCAGGUCAGUACAGUGCUGUACCACCACCUCAAGCUACGCAGAAAAAGAAAAGCCUUGCCAAGACUCCUGCAAAAAAGGCUGAAAGCAGCGACUCUUCAGACAGCAGUGAUGAAGCAGAGCAGGUGCCCAAAAAAGGAGGAGCAGGCAAAGCAGUAGUGGCUAAACCAAUCACUGGUCCCCAAAACAAAGCUGUGACUACCAAGAAGGCUGAAUCCAGUUCUGACAGUGACUCAGAUUCCAGUUCUGAAGAUGACAAGAAGGUAGGGAAUAAACUCCCAGCUAAACAGCCUGUGGUAAAGAGUACCACCAAACAAGCGAAAGUAGUUGUCAAGCCUGGACAAGCAAAGAAAGACUCCAGUUCCUCCUCUGACAGCUCAGAUUCUGAUAGUUCUGACAAGAAAGCCCCUAUGAAGGCCACGACUAGAACAGCAACCCCUGCAACAAAGAAGUCACAAGCUGCCCCAAAGAAAGCUCAGAGUAGCUCUGAUUCAGAUAGCAGCUCUAGCAGCUCUGAAGAUGAGAAGAAAAAAGGCACUCCAGCUAAACUACCUGGCAAAGCAGCUAAGCCAGUGUCCAAACCUUCUGCCCUAGUUCCCAAAGCAGGCACUUCUGACUCUGAUAGCUCAAGCAGUGAAGAAGAAAAGAAGCCAGCAGUGAAGCCAGCCACUAAAUCUAUAGGGGCAGCAAAAGCAACUGUGGGGAAGAAGGGUGCAGCUUCCAGCAGUAGCAGCUCAUCUGAUAGUUCCAGUGAAGAGGAAGAGAAACCCAAAAAGGCAGGGAAGGGGGCACAGAACAAUUCUAAGCCCACUGCCUCCACAGAGAAAGCAAAAGGAUCCACAGCAGCUGCAAACAACUUAAAAUCUAAGCCAGCUGGUGGCAGCAGUAGCAGCAGUGAGGACAGCUCUGAGGAAGAGACUGGAAAAGUCAAUGGAGGCACAGUUGGGAUGAAACAGAAGAGGAAAGAUGUUCAGGAGUCGGAGACACCGCAUAGUAAAAAGGCAAAGAUCAAAGUCAAAACACCACACACAGUUCCCAAGGUGAAACGGCCAGCCUCUCCAUUCCGGCGUGUAAGGGAAGAAGAGAUUGAGCUGGAUGCUCGCGUUGCUGAUAACUCAUUUGAAGCAAAGAAAGGAGCAGCUGGUGACUGGGGUGAGAAGGCUAACAAUAUCCUGAAAUUCACUAAAGGCAAAUCUUUCCGCCAUGAGAAGACGAAGAAAAAACGAGGCAGCUACCGUGGGGGCACUAUAUCAACUCAAGUCAAUUCAGUCAAGUUUGACAGUGAAUGACAAUAUUUCCAUUGGAAUUCAUGAACCAUCUGGUCACUGGAAGGGCUUGGAUGGUCAUGUGGACACUAUGGAUAUCAAGCCUGCCUGGAAUGCUACCUCCCCAUGUCCAUUGUGGGGCAGGCAGUCCCAGUACGGGAUGUGAGAGAAUAAUUGGAUGUUUCCCUCUUCUGUUUCUAACUCUGGUGUAGGCCCUUUUUUGGUGCCAUCCUUGAGCUGGUGUAAUUGGCACCACUAGGGUGAUCACCAAAAGUUAAUGUUUCUUUUCCCCCCACAGUCUUAUUUUUAAAAGACUGGCAGUGAUUUUUCAUUUUGGUUUCCUGCCCAUCUAGUAGAAGAAAGUGAAAUCAUUCUCCUGUAUCUUAAACUCCCACUUGUUUUCUCAGCCAGUUUAACUCUGGUACCUGUGAGAUGGCAAGUAUUGUAACUUGCCUUUGGCUAGUUACUUUAAGAGCAGCAACUGAUUUGAACUCUUUGGCUGUAAUCUCCAACCCCACCUGACAUUUCAAGUUCACAGCUGCAGUGUGGCAAGGUUGUUCUUUCCUGUUUCCUUCUUUCAUGGUUUCACCUUCCAAUAAAUUCCUACCUUCCGUUCCUUACACUCCUAUUGAUCCCACUAACAAGAGUAGUUGGAGAAGCAGAGUACAAAUACACUUUAGUAGCUGAGUAACUAUUGCUUGCAGUUGCAAGUUGGGGCCUAUUUUUGGAAAGACCAAGGUCUGUGGUACCAUCGUGGCAGUCUUUUAACACUUUUCAUGUGGAACAUAGCUGGGGAGUGCAGAUGAGCAGAAAUGCUACUGUAUGGAGGUUGUAGCCUUUGACUCCAUGGGAAUGGGUGAAGAGACAGGAGAAAAAGCCCUCUUUCCUGCCCAGCUCUGCUUUUUGCUGUGUUUUUGUUUCAGAGGCUUUGACCACAGUGUGGCGUUAUGCCUUGUUCUCUCUCAACAUAAAAUGUACCAGCUUGUGCUGUGCAGCUUAUUAUGAGUCAAGAUGAAUGUAUCAUUAAUGCCUUAAAUUUCCGGGUUGGAUCACUUGCUCUUUGAGCUGUUUUCCAUCUGUUUAAAUUCCUCUCAAAAAGUAAAAUUCCAGUUUCCCCAUAGCUCAAAGACAAAGCCUGGUGCUUUAAGGAUUUAAGUGUUAGCUACAAGUACAUGUUCAGUAUGGGGAGUCUCCAAAAAGUUCAGUAAUUUGCAGCCAAAACAGAUUUCAUGAGCAACCAAGAUAAUGUAACAGCUUACUGCUGUUGAGGAGAGGGUUUGCUUCCCCUCUAGCUGU